CCUUGAGAGACGGGCCGGGGAGACUAAAUUCAAACGGGUUGACCCGUUAUUAUUCGAGUUUUCAUCUCUUUGACCCGACAAGUUCAAUUACUUUCCUUCCACUCAGAGUACAACGUUCUGAAGAGAGCUUUGGCGCGGGCGAAAAUGGAGGAUUUGCAGGAAGCUCUUCGGGAGGGGGGUUUAACAGUCUCUGCACUUCCAGCCAAAGGCCGUUCUCUCUUCACCGCUAAAGAUUUCUAUCCGGGAGAAGUGAUAAUCAGACAAGAGCCUUACGUGUUCGUCCCGAACAACUCUGCUUCAGAAAGAAGAUGCGAAGGUUGUUUUUCUUCGAGCAACCUUAAGAAGUGCUCUGCCUGUCGUGUUGUUUGGUACUGCGGGUGCUCCUGUCAGAAGUCACAGUGGAAGGUCCAUCAGCUAGAAUGCCGGGCUCUUGCUAGACUUGAUGAAGAUAAGCGGAAAGCUGUCACUCCUACCAUCCGUUUGAUGUUGAAGCUCUACAUCAGGAGAAAGCUGCAGGAUGAGAAGAUAACUGCGGCAGACAAUUACAGAUUGGUGGAGGCAUUGGUUGCUCACAUGUCUGAUAUUGAUGAGAAGCAGCUAGUGCUCUAUGCACAAAUGGCAAAUCUUGUCAACUUGAUACUUCAGUGGCCUGAGAUCAAUAUCAAAGAGAUUGCAGAGAACUUUUCGAAGUUCUCUUGCAAUGCGCAUACAAUUUGUGAUAGUGAACUCAGACCUCUCGGAACAGGACUAUAUCCAGUCAUUUCUAUUAUCAACCACAGUUGCUUGCCAAAUGCUGUUCUGGUAUUUGAGGGAACUGCAGCUGUGGUCCGUACUGUGCAACGCAUAUCCGGAGGCUCUGAGGUAUCAAUCAGCUAUAUAGAAACUGCUAGAAGCACCAUGACUAGACUGAAGGCUCUCAAAGAGCAAUACUUUUUCACUUGCUCAUGUCCACGCUGCGACAGAGUGGGUCAACCUGCUGAUAUCCAAGAAAGUGCAGUUUUGGAAGGUUACCGAUGCAAGGAUGAUAAUUGCACUGGCUUCUUGCUCCGUGAUUCAGACGACAGAGGAUUUCGCUGCCAACAGUGUGGACUUCUCAGGGAGAAAGAAGAAUUGAAAGAGAUUACAAAUGAAAUUCGGACCAUGUCAGAGAAGGCUGUUGCAGCUACAUCAUCUGCCAAACUUGAAGAAGCUAUUUCCAUUUAUAAGAUGAUUGAGAAACUUCAAGGGGAACUCUACCAUCCAUAUUCAAUCUUCUUGCUGCAACCUCGAGAAAAGCUAUUAAAGAUGUUGAUGGAGGUGGAAGACUGGAAGGAGGCCCUAGCUUAUUGCAGAAUAACAAUUCCAAUUUAUGAGAGAAUAUAUCCUACCAUCCAUCCUCUGCUCGGCCUGCAAUACUACACUUGCGGAAAACUUGAAUGGCUACUUGGGGACUCUGAUGUUGCCUUGAAAUCACUAGGCAAGGCAGUUGAUAUCUUGCGGGUGACCCAUGGGACGAGCACGCCCUUCAUGAAAGAACUUAUGAUGAGAUUGGAAGAAGCUCGGGCUGAAGCUUCUUACAAGAUCAGGCCUAUCGAUGAAUAGCAAAAUUUUAUUCUCAAAAACAGAUUCUGUAGAAGUAAUGUUGAAUGUUGAUUACUAGCCUCUGAAUGAAAAGGCAACCAUUUACAAUGUGA